AUGACCUCCAAGAUGGCAACCGUUCGAAGGAACAAGGAAGGAUUCACUCCAAGACAAGUCAAGGCUGCGAUGGAAGCGAGAAGUGCAAUGCACAUACUCAAUGCUCCAAGCACCAAAAGUCUGAAGUAUGCGAUCCGAUCUGGUCUCAUCAAGUACUGUCAUAUCACCGAAGAAGCGAUCAAUCAUGCCAAAGCAAUCUUUGGACCUGACGCCUCUACAUUGAAAGGCAAGUCAACAAGACCAACUCCAAAGAAGACGUACGACAACUUCUUCAGUCCACCAGAGGAAUUAUAUCAGCACAAUCGAUCUAUUACCGUCUGUAUUGAUCACAUGGAGAUCGAGAAUGCUAAGUUUCUCACCUGCAUUGAUACCACUGUGCGUUAUCGCUCAUGUAUUCCUGUGCAGAACCUGAAGACUGACCCUGUAUUUGAAGCAUUGGAUAAGAUAUUCCGCCACUACAACAAGGCAGGCUUUCAAGUCAAGAUCAUCAAGUGUGAUCGGGCGUUCAUUCCUCUCACGGAUGAUAUGCUAGACGAUAUGGGUGUUACUAUUGACCCGACUGCAGCUGGAGACCACGAGCCUACCGCUGAGCGAAACAAUAGGACGCUGAAAGAAAGAGUCAGAGUAGCUCUUGCACGAUUACCCUACAAAGUGGUUCCAAAAGUGAUCACUGAAUGUCUUGGACGUCGAGCCGCCGAGCUAUUGAAUGUCUUUCCCCAGAAAGACAGUAUCUCAUCACAUUUUAGUCCGCAGCAACUCAUUGAUAAUGUCAAUAUCAACUACAAGAGUGACAUGGUUGCUGAACUUGGACAAAUGUUCAUGCAAUUGGGACAGAUUCCAACAAUUUGA